GCCUAACUUAAUUGCAGUUUUGAGCUACAACAGAUCUUGAAAGCACCAACACCCUAGUUGGGGCUUCCUUUCCUGCUUGUUUGUACAAGCAAGAAAGUGCUUGAUACUUGGAGCUCUUCCCCACACUCCUGUGGAUCCGCUUCCAUUUAUCUCUUCUCCCUUCUGUCCCUUCCUGUUUGGAAGAGACAUCUGCUAUAUUAAUAGACGCAUGGAACGAAGCACUUUCCGUAAGCCCGGCGGAGCUCGACCAGAUGUUUCACAGUGCAAGAAGCUAGGUAACAGAACAACGGUUACAAAAGAGACCUGCAGAGGGGAAAGUGAGGCUCCACAGGACAAGCUCACAAAUUUGGAUGGAACCAAGAUGGAACAAUUUGUGAAUUCUGUGGAAGACAAACUUAGAAGUGAAAUGAAUGUUCAACUUCAAGGUAUGGUGACACAUUUACAGUUUUUGGAAGAAAGCCUCAGAGGUGAAAGUGAGGCUUCACAAGGCAAGCUCACAAAUUUGGAUGGAACCAAGAUGGAACAAUUUGUGAAAUCUGUGAAAGACAAACUUAGAAGUGAAAUGAAUGCCCUAUAUCAAGGUAUGGUGACACAUCUACAGUUUUUGGAAGAAAGCCUCAGAGGUGAAAGUGAGGCACCACAAGGCAAGCUCACGAAUUUGGGUGGAACCAAGAUGGAACAAUUUGUGAAUUCUGUGGAAGACAAACUUAGAAGUGAAAUGAAUGAUCUAUCUGAAGGGAUGCGGAACCACCUACAGUUUUUGAAAGAAAGCCUCAGAGGAGAAAGUGAGGCUGCACAAGGCAAGCUCACAAAUUUGGAUGGAGCCAAGAUGAAACAAUUCGUGAACUCUGUGGUAGACAAACUUAGAUGUGAAAUGAAUGCCCUAUAUCAAGGUAUGGUGACACAUCUACAGUUUUUGGAAGAAAGCCUCAGAAGUGAAAGUGAGGCUCCACAGGGCCAGCUCACAAAUUUGGACAGAACCGAAAUGGAACAAUUGGUGACCUCUGUGGAAGACAAUCUUAGAAGUGAAAUGAACGCUCUAUCUGAAGGUAUGGGGAAACACCUACAGUUUUUGAAAGAAAGACUCAGAGGUGAAAGUGAGGCUCCACAGGAUGAGCUCACAAAUUUGAGUGGAACCAAGAUGGAACAACGGGUGAAAUAUGUGGAAGACAAACUCAGGGAAAUGAAUGCUCAAUUUGAAGGCGCAGAGAAACGACUAGAGGUUUUGCAAGAACGGCUCAGUCAGGAAGCAGCAAGUGAGACCAAUUGCUGUGGCUCCAGAUCGCAGGAAGCCUCCAACAAUAGUCAGUGCUUCGCUCAGAACCCUGGAUUGGAGCCUGUCUUGGCCAAUGCAAUGAGAAGUCAUAAGUUCUCUGAGAACCUGAAUGACCCUUGUCAAGAAGCAGAUGUGCUGGAAAUGUACAAUGGGCUCAGGACACAUGAAUGGGAGAAAGCCAAAUGUGCUGCAAGUGGCUCUGCCUUCCCAGUGACAUAUGAAAAAGGUAGCACCAUAAUUAAGGCUGUGUUUUCCAUAUGUGAAGAAGAUCUGUCACAAAGACUGACGCGAAUUUUUGAACUCCUUGAGAUUCCAGUUUCGAAGAAAACCACAAGCCUCUUUGACAGCCAACAGCUGCCCCCUGGGCUGGCAAGAGAGAUAAAGAAUCACCUUAAACAUCUCUAUUUUAACUAUGGAGAAGACUUUUACCAAGCCAAGAGUAGGCCUUCACUUCCUCCUGAUCUACAGAAGUUUCAGCCACUUGUACAUUUCACAGCAGAGUGCUACAAAAUUUACUGUUUGUUGCUUCUUCAGAACCCGCCCAUUAAAGCUGUGUGGCCCACAGAGGAAAGAAUCCCAAUCUCUUGCAUACAGCAUGUGGACAAUAAAAACGUGGAGGAUAGGAUGCUGUUUAACUUUCUGUGGCCCGUGCUGGCAUGUGGGAGACUAGUAUUUAAGAAAGCUGUAAUCUAUGAUUAAAUGGAAUGGCUGUUUGGAAUCUGAUUAUACCUCUGAGUUAUAAAACAAUUUAAAAAAUAGUGAAAGAGUA